AUGGCUAAGUUUGCUUCCAUCAUCACCAUGCUCUUUGUUGUUCUUGUUGUCUUUGCUUCUCUUGAAACACCAACAAUGGUGGAAGCAAAAUUGUGCGAGAGGCCAAGUGGGACAUGGUCAGGAGUUUGUGGAAAUAAUAACGCGUGUAAGAGUCAGUGCCAGAGACUUGAAGGAGCACGACACGGAUCUUGCAACUAUGUCUUCCCUGCUCACAAGUGUAUCUGUUACUUCAAUUGUUAA